AACAAUUGUGGCCGCAUCGAACUUCAACGAUGACGAUGAUAGCCUCCCAGAUCAUAAGACUAUCUAUGAGUACGACGCGUUGACGCUGAAGACUGUUGGAGCUCCAUUUGAGGGGCACACCGACAACAUCUAUGGUCUAGCACUUUCAUUCGAUUGUGCUCUUCUUGCCAGCGCUUGUGACUAUGCCAUCAAGCUCUGGGCCUUCGAGUCCCGCCAGCUCCUCGCCUCAUUCAACGUCCAGUUUGCCUACUCCCUACUCCUUUCACCCAACUCACUUCAGCUGGCUUACUCGACUGAUUCGAACGCCAACAUUUGUAUAUGCGACAUUCCGCCCGAGAUCAUUGCCACUAUCUGGCCUAACUCAUCCUAAAAACCCCAAAUUCCUCAAUUCUAGCGCAACACGUCGUGCUGUGCCUCGUAAACCAGUGAUAUUGCCUGUCACAUCUUUUACUCCUCGGCUGCAAGGACCUUCUCCUACCACACAACGACGUGAUUUCUUUCGCUACAUCCGCACAGUCCUUCCUUCUCGUACGAGCGCACGUCGGAAUGAUUAUCCACGUGAUCCCCUGGAUGUACGUCUCGUUCACUUAUUUGCUUCGCAUUUGACUUGGCGAAUCUUUGCAGUUCCCUGCUACAUCUCCAUUGCCCCGCAACUACUCACACUCGGUGCAGGAAACUCAUUCGCGCAUGAAUCCCUACGAGAACUCUCGGUCCCAACCAGCACCAUCACCCAUCAUACAGUCCCGCCUCCAUCACAUAUCAAGCUGGUGGCCCAUUCGUAUGGGCCAUGCAUCUCCGCCUAUCGUCGAUGUUCCUCAUGCCCCAGGUAAAUUGCGCACUGCUACAGCUGGUGCUCCCACGCAUGACGACGACGACUUGAUUCGUGAUGAAGAUUAUGUUUCCCCGUGUCCUUCGCCGAACCCUAAUUCACAGCCAUCGCCCGCAGUGCUCACCAACACCGGAUCACAUGGAAGCGGCCGGUUCUGUGGUUGCUUCUAGAUCAUCGCACAAUAUCGACUUCUCAAUAUG